GUUUUUACGUUAUAUUUUACGAAGGCUCAAAAUUCAAACCACCACAAUCCCCUUCAUUUUAUCAGUUAUAGAUAGCAGCCAUUUUCUGCUCCACCAACAACACCACAGCCUUAGCCGUUUCCCUUUUUCCAAAACAGAAAGGUUGAUUAUUUCUUCUACUAUUCGUCUACCCACUGACGGGGUCGUUUUUAGAUUUUGUCCAUUCUUUGCUGGCCUUUUGAUUAAGACAUUAAUCUUUCUAGAGAGAGAUAAAAAGAGAAUUGGGACUAGUGGGGAAAGGAGAAAGAAAUGUGAUGCAAUGGAACCGUUGAAAGGAUUUUUCUGUUUUUCGCCCUCUUCUUUUGACUUAGCCUUUUCUUAAUUUCUUCUUCCUUUUUCCCAUUCUUUUAGUUUUUUGGCAUCGACUGUUUGGUUGUCCUUUGCUCAUCUUAUUCAUCAUCCUCUGAUCAAUGCGAGAUUUUUGCUUUCUGACGUAACAUCUAAGUUAAGGUUUUAAUUAGCCCAUUGAGAUUUUUUGUCGUUACAUUAAUUAUGGUUUUAUUCCAACUUCUAUUUAGAAAAACAAAUCAAAAGAUUUGAUCUGUGUGGCUUUCCUUUGAUGGAAAAAACAGCGUGCCCUGUUUUUCAGUGAACAGAAUCAUCCACUCUCUCUUUCCUUCAUCGAUUCCAGUAAUUCUCUUCUCUUAAUUUUUUUUUAAUUUUAGAGCUAUUAUUAAUCUGUCUUGAGGGUUACAAUUUCCCCCCAUUUUUAAUUCCUCGAUUUGGUUGCUUAAUCUUGAAAUCUAAACCCAAUCCCAUUACACCACCCACCUCAAUCAUCUAAGAAUGUUCUUCUAAUCGCUUCUUCCCACAUAAAAAUACCAUUUUGAUUGAUUUCCUUAACCAACCACUUUUAGUAUAAAGUGUACUUUUUUCUUCCCUAACUCAAUUUCUGCAAUAAUGGGUUGUGCAACUUCAAAGCCAAAAGUAUGUCACAAAUGUCGGGCACCCUGUUCACCGGUUCGCCGGAGCUACUCAAUGCACGAUGAUAAUUACCAUAUGGUGGCUCUCACUUCAUCCACGUUAGGAUCUUUAAAGCUUGAUCCACUCAACCAAAGUCAAUCUAUCAAAGAUGAUAAUAGAUCUUCUUUUGGGGACUUUGAUGAAGUGAAGAGUUGCAAAGAAGAGUUUGCUAUGGGAUUAAUCGAGGCUAAAACCUGGUCCGAAAUGAUCAAUGAGAAAAUCCCUAAAGUAGUUCCAAAAACCCCCAUUAGAACUCCACCUGGUGAACCAGAAACUAUCAAUACUUGGGAAUUAAUGGAAGGUCUUGAAGACUCUAGUCCUCUUAAACCUGUUCAUCAUGUUCGUAGUUUUUCCUUCCAUGUUUCAACAAAUCCAGUUAAUUCUCAAUAUGAUCUACCUACUCCUAGAGUUAAAGAUCACAUUGAAGGUUCCCCAAAGCCAUUGUGGGAGGAACUAGCUGAAAAUGAAAACAACAAUGUACCCAGUGUAAUCCCACAAGUGGGGUCUGGAGAGGGUAAUGUGUACGCAGACGAGGUUGUUUCUGAUAGAACCUCGGCUCAGAUAGCUGAAAAUGAAACGAACUCAAAUUCAAACGAUUCUUCUAUCGUGUCUGAAUUUGAACCUGAAGUGAUUUCUACAUUCAGAAAAGCAUUAGAAGAUCUCCCGCCAGCAAAUCCAUUUCACCUUAAACCGUUAAUAACUGAAAACCAGCAGGCUACCGACAAGGAAGAUUCAUUGGAGAUAAAGGAUGUGAAGAAAGUAACAGAGUACAAGGUCAGCAAAGAUAAACUUGUUGUUUAUUUCACAAGCCUAAGAGGUGUGAGGAAAACAUACGAGGAUUGUUGUCACGUUCGAGUGAUUUUAAAGGGACUAGGUGUGAAAAUCGACGAGAGAGAUGUAUCGAUGCAUUCGGGGUUCAAGGAAGAGUUGAAAGAAUUACUAGGAAAUGAAUACAGUGGAGGGGGAUUGCCUAGGAUAUUUUUGGGGAAAAAAUACAUUGGUGGAGCUGAUAAAAUACGGCAAAUGAACGAAGAUGGGAAACUUGAGAAAUUUGUAGAAAAUUGUGAGAGAAAUGAGGAUGGUGGUGUUAUUGGUGGUUGUAAUUGUGAAGCCUGUGGAGAUAUUAGAUUUGUACCUUGUGAGACAUGUUCGGGGAGUUGUAAAAUUUAUUAUGAAGCAGAGUACGAAGAAGACGAAGAAGAAGAAGAAUUUGAUGAAGACGAAUAUGGCUUCCAACGAUGUCCAGAUUGCAAUGAGAAUGGGCUUAUUCGAUGUCCAAUUUGUUGUGAUUAAGGUUGAUCACAAAUUAUCUUGGUCUUCCAUUUUUACUAAUUUUGUUUGGAUUAAUUAUUUCUACUUUUUUUUUGUUUUGUUUGGAUUAUGUUUGUUGUACAGUGAGGAGUUCUGAUUGAGUUAAUAUAGUCAUAGUAUGAGAAGGCAUAAACCUGCUCCAAGCUCUGGAUUUGUAACGAGAAGCUAAUACAGUUUUGAAAAUUUCCUUUAGUAAAGUUACAAUUUAUGUAACUCAUACGAGAAACUAGAAAGUUGGGUUUCAGGUGAAUAAUGGUUGUUCUAGUGUGUA